AUGGCUGGAUCCGAUGAUGAGGGUGAUAACCCUCCAGUUAAGAGUUUGAGAGACUAUAUGUAUCCAAAUAGAGUCUUUCAACCUUCAUGCAUUGUUUUGCCUGCUACUACAUGCAUUGGAUCCGAUGAUGAGGGUGAUAACCCUCCAGUUAAGAGUUUGAGAGACUAUAUGUAUCCAAAUAGAGUCUUUCAACCUUCAUGCAUUGUUUUGCCUGCAAAUAGAGAGAAUGAAAAUCCUUACUAUCACAUUAGAGACUUUGAAGAAUUGUGUGGUACGGUUAAAAUUAAAAAUUUGUCUGAUGAAUACCUUAAACUUAGGUUGUUACCUUUGUCAUUAAAGGAUAAGGCAAUAUCUUGGUUAGAUGCUUUGGCUCCUUCGUCGGUUAGGACUUGGGAAUACAUGACAAAACUGUUUUUGAACAAAUUUUUCCCUUGGUAUAAGACUUCUGCCAUCCGUCAGAAACUGAAUAGUUUUGCGCAACAACAGGGAGAAUCUCUUUGUGACUACUUAGAGAGAUUCCAUGAUCUUUUGCUGCAGUGUCCACACCAUGGAUUUGAUACUCCUAGGCUUACGUUGAUUCUUUACGAAGGAUUAGAUCAUAAAACUAUGACCACGGUUGAAUCACUUUGUGCUGGUAAUUUUCAGGAUAAAAGUGUUGAAGAGGGUUAUGGGUUCUUGCAAGAGGUAGCUGAAAAAACCCAAGAGUGGGAUGCUAAGGAACCAGUAAGGUCAAUUGCUAAUAGCAAAGGAGCGCACAGAGUUGAUAUUCAAUUUGACUCUGACGCUAAAAUAUCUUCUUUGACAAGAAGGCUUGAAUCGCUAGAACAUAGUUCUAAAGCUAAGACUUUUGUCGAGUCUUCAGACCAGACCUUUUAUGACGAUGGUAGUGAGCAAGUCAAUGCUCUCUAUCAAGAUAAUCGUCGUAAAUGUGACCCUUAUUCCAAUACUUACAACCCAGGGUGGGCAAGACACCCUGACUUUUCAUGGUCUAGAGGUCAGUAUGAAGGUCAGUCUAAUAAUGUUAGUGGUUACACACAGAAACCUUCCAUUCCUAAUGAUUCUUCUAACCAAAGAAUGCCUAGUAUGGAAGAAAGUCUAAGUUUGUUUAUGCAGGCUACUCAAAAGUCAAUAACAAACUUAGAGCAGACCACUGCAAGGUCCAUAGCAAAUAUAGAACGACAAGUAGGUCAGCUUGCUAGUCAAAUGAAUGAUAGAGACAAGGGACAAUUCCCAAGUCAAACAAUGCCUAACCCUAAGGGUCCAUUUGAGGUCAGCACAUCUGGUGCUAAAUCCUCCGAUCAAGUCCAAGCCGUUACUUCCUUAAGAAGUGGACGGGUCAUUGAUAAUCAUGUUAGUAAUCCUAAGGAAAAUGAGCAUGCUGGGAACACUCCCAUUGUGACGCAGGUUACACCUUCGGCACAAAAAGAAACCAAUGAAUCUGAAAAAGAUAAAUAUGAAAAUACUUAUGUUCCUCGUGUUCCAUUUCCUCAACGAUUACUACCCGUUAAGAUUAACAUUCCUCUUCUAGAUGCCAUUAAACAAAUUCCUAUGUAUGCUAAGUUCUUGAAAGAUAUGUGCACUGUGAAACGUAAUUUGGAUAUUCAAAAGAGAGCUUUCCUUGCUGAACAGGUAAGCUCUAUCAUUACGCAAAAAACGCUACCUAAAUACAAAGAUCCUGGUUGUCCUACUAUUGCUUGCACUAUAGGAGAACACAAGAUUGAACAUGCUUUGUUAGAUUUAGGCGCUAGUGUGAAUCUUUUGCCAUAUUCUAUGUAUGAACAAUUAGGACUUGGUAACUUGAAACCCACUAAUGUUACACUCCAAUUGGCUGAUAGGUCCAUUAAAAUUCCUAGAGGAGUGGUAGAAGACAUUCUUGUGCAGAUUGAUAGCUUCAUUUAUCCUGUGGAUUUCAUAAUUCUAGAUACUCAACCUGUGGCAGACCCUAGUGGUCAGAUUCCUAUUAUUUUAGGACGACCUUUCUUGGCAACCGCGAAUGUGAUCAUAAACUGUAGGAAUGGUAUUAUGGAACUGACUUUUGGUAGUUGGAAAAUGGAAGUGAAUGUUUUUACUGUUGCACGUUCUCCUCUUGAUUUUAAUGACCAUGAAACUGUUUGUAUGAUUGAUGAAAUUAUUCAUGAUACCUUCUUGCAGAAUCAUUUAGAAGAUCCAUUAGAAGCAUGUUUAACUCAUUUUGGGCAAGGUAUGAAUGAUGAUAGUGUUAUUUGCCCACUAAUGUUAUUUUGGGCAAGGUAUGAAUGA